AUGUCUACCUUCGAAGAGAAGAAGAAUAUUGAAGUCGUUUCCGAAUACUUCUCCGAGUAUUGGGGCAAGGCCAACCCCGAAAUCGUUGAUAAGCUCUGCGACGAUGACUUCGUCAUCAACUAUCCGAUGCAUGGUCCACGAUAUGGAAAGGCCGCGGCCAAGCAAAUGCUCUCUGAAUUCAAGGAAGCCUUCCCUGACAUCUCGUUCCAUGCAUAUCAGCAUCCUCUAAUCGCGAGUGGUCCCUAUGUUGUUGGUCGCUGGAUUGGUGGUGGCACUCACACUGGUGUGGCCUUCAGCGACCUAGCCGUCGGUGCUCUCAAUGAGCACAACACCAGCAAGAAAAUUCAUUUUUCCGGCAUUACUAUUUUCACUCUAAAAGAUGGUCUCAUUGUGGACGAGACUGGCGAGGAGGGAGCGCUGACAGCCCUUCAGCAGCUUGGACUGGUUGCACCCCCCAACGCUGGAAAGGAGAUCAAGUACCUGCAUGGGUAA